ACGACAACCAAGCAACCAAAGCACCAUGGAAUCCCCACACGAGCACCAGCAGGGCCUUCUCCUUUCCCGCAUAAUCACGAAUGUUGAAAAACUCAACGAAGCUGUGAUGACACUGAAUAAAACCUUGCAUGAAAUCAAUGUGCAAAAUAUGAACACCGAGCUGGUCGCGCAGAUGUUCAAGAAUUACCAAUCGAAUGUUCUAUUCCAUCUUGAAGCCACGGAGAGUUUGAGGGAGCCGACUUAGAUUGGACGGGGCCUUUGAGAUAGAGGGAAGGAGGUUUGAAUCAAGUGGUUGAAUAAUUGGUGCUCUGGUUGCGGUGAUCUUACUACGAUUAUGAAAUGAGUGAACGAA